CAGUAAUCUGUGCUGUCACUGGAAAAUUUAAUCUGAAAUAGUUUUAUGAGGACGUGGAACUAGUCUUCUGUCUGAAUAUCUAAUACUUAAACUGGAAGAAGACUACUCAGUGAUGGACGUUUCUUCUAUAUAUUAAUGAUGUUGGAAAUGGCUGUGGUACAUUACUGUGUGAGGAGAUAAAUACACACUUUCAACAUGAAACAGCCAGUGCUAGAAACUCAGAUAGACUUCAAUGGACACCAACAAUUAGUUCCUGAGAAAUGGAAGUCAGAUAGUCCAGAUUUGGUCGCAGAUCAAAACCAAGCAAUAUUAUUGUCACACAGAAAAAUUAUAAGGAGAUGGAAUCGACUGUCCCGCCUGCAAAGGUCUAUAUUUUCAGCACUAUUCCUAAUAAUAGCAGCUAGUGUAAUAUUGUUUUACUCUUCGAAGGUGAAUACGACAGAUUUAUAUAAGAAUGGUGAUAGUAAUAUAAUUAUGGAACCAUUAAAAAACGUGUCACUAGUCAAUGAACCCAUUGCGAACGAUGGUCAACUUAAGAAGGCUGCUGAAGGUGAUCCGAAUGAAAGACCUAUUUUUACAGGGCCGUCGAAUGCGCGUCAAUAUGCUGUAGUAGAGAGUUUUAAACAUGCAUGGAAAUCAUAUAAGGAACAUGCUUGGGGACAUGACAAUUUGAAGCCACUUUCCGGGAUGGCUUUUGAUUGGUUCUCACUGGGGCUUACUAUUGUGGAUGGGCUGGAUACGGCCUACAUUAUGGGUUUGACUGAAGAAUUUGAGGAGGGGAAGCAAUGGGUUAAGAAUGAAUUAAUAUUUACAAAAAGUAAAGAUGUAAAUUUCUUCGAAGUCACAAUCAGGGUGUUGGGCGCUUUACUCACUAAUUAUCACUUUACUCAAGACGAAAUGUUUCUCAAUAAAGCUAAAGAUCUGGGUGAUCGUCUGAUGGCAGCAUUCUCAUCACCAUCUGGUAUACCAUACUCGGAUGUCAACCUUGGCACCAAGACUGCACACGCGCCCGAGUGGUCCCAUUAUAGCACCACGGCUGAAGUUACCACAGUUCAGUUGGAGUUCAGAGAAUUGUCUAGAGCCACCAAUGACCCUGUUUAUGAGGAUGCAGCCGCUGCAGUGUCGGAGAAAAUACACCAGUUACCAAAGAAACAUGGUUUGGUGCCAAUAUUCAUCAAUCCAAAUACUGGUCAGUUCCUACCACACGCCACCAUCACGCUUGGCGCCCGAGGAGACAGCUAUUACGAAUAUUUGCUCAAACAGUGGCUGCAGACUGGAAAAACUAUCAAUUACUUAUUGGAUGACUACAUGACUGCUAUUGAAGGGGUCCGGGAGUUCCUAGCCAUGCGCUCAUCCCCAAACAAGCAUUUGUUUAUUGGUGAACUGUCAGCUGGUUCAGAGUCUUUCAACCCGAAGAUGGACCACUUGACCUGCUUCCUGCCUGGUACAUUGGCGCUCGGCCAUGCCAACGACCUCCCCGACUGGCACAUGACCAUGGCUGAGGAGUUACUCUACACAUGUUACCUCACAUAUGCAGUACAUCCCACAUUCCUGGCGCCGGAGAUUACGCACUUCAAUAUGGCAAGUGCAACAAACGAUAUGUACACAAAAACAGCUGACGCCCACAAUCUGUUACGACCGGAAUUUGUCGAGAGUCUGUGGUAUAUGUAUCAGAUUACUGGCAACACUACGUACCAAGAGUGGGGAUGGCAGAUCUUCCAGAGUUUAGAGAAAUAUGCAAAAGUGCCAAACGGUUACACAUCUUUGGCCAACGUGAAAUCAGAUAAACCACUGCAACGUGACAUGAUGGAAUCAUUCUUCUUGUCGGAGACACUCAAGUACUUGUAUCUGCUGUUCAGCGAGGAUAGAUUCAUGAUCGAUCUGAAUAAGUAUGUCAUCAACUCUGAGGCUCACCCGUUACCAAUACACAAAAACUAAUAUACACUUCCAAAGAAACGUGAUAAGACCGAGUUAUAAUUCUAUUAUUUACCACGAACAUUACCGGCUCAGCGUUUUGAUAUAACAGAUUCAAUUCAAUGAAGUUUUUAUACAACAGGACAAAUAAUAUAUAUGUUUUUCACUCACAUUAAAAUUAACGUUUAAUUACAUCAAAUUGAAAUCAGUGUGAUUUUUACACAAAAGGACUUAAGGAAAUAAACAAUACAGUAUAAAAUAUAGAUAUAUAUCGACACGGAAAUACUUUUAAAAUAUACAGUUUUAAUAUUUUCUUGUGAUUGUGUAAUAUUGUGAUAA